CAUCUCACUCCCACUCCCACUCCCACAGAAACACACAGAAAUGGCUAACCCAACCUCCUUUUCCAACUUUACCCCUCUCCCAUUCCUCUAUUUACUCCUCCUUUCUUUCCGUCCUCUCCCCAUUUCCUCCCUCAACAUCACCGAUCUCCUCUCCUCCUACCCUGAUCUCUCCGACUUCACAUCCCUCCUCGCCACCACCGCCGUCGCCGCCGAUCUCUCCGCCCGCUCCUCCAUUACCCUCCUAGCCGUCCCCAACGCCUUUCUCCGCACCGCCUCCGCCGAGCCCCGCGCCUCCUCCACCAACCUUGCCGAUGUCCUCCGUUACCAUGUCCUCCUCGAGUACUUGUCCUUGUCCGACCUCCGCCGCCUGCCUCCCACCGGAAAACUUGUUACUACACUCUUCCAAACCACCGGACGUGCGGCCGCGAAUUCAGGCUCCGUGAAUAUCACUUUCGACUCGUCCUCCGCUACCGUCACUUUCCACUCCCCCGCCUCCAACGCUACGCUGCUGUCCUUGAUUAAAACCCUACCCUACAACAUAUCGAUACUGUCGCUUAAUUCUCUGUUAAUUCCUUACAAUCUUGAUCUCAUGGCUUCCGAAACUCGCCCUCCGCUGGGGCUCAACAUCACCAAAGCUCUAAUAGACGGCCAUAAUUUCAAUGUAGCGGCGUCGAUGCUUGCCGCCUCGGGGGUGGUUUCGGAAUUCGAAGCCGAUGAGGCCGGCGCAGGGAUAACCCUCUUUGUCCCCACGGAUGAAGCAUUUGCCGAUCUGCCUUCAUCUGUCAAGUUUCAGUCGUUACCAGCUGAUAAAAAGGCGGUUGUGUUGAGAUCUCACGUCCUCCAUUCUUACUAUACACUGGGUUCCCUCCAGGCGAUUGUGAACCCGGUGUACCCCACAUUAGCCACGGAGCAAAACGGCGCAGGUAGUUUUACCGUGAACAUUUCUCGUGUUAACGGGUCAGUGGCGAUUGAUACUGGAAUAGUACAGGCUUCAAUUACGCAAACGGUUUUCGAUCAGAACCCGGUGUCCAUAUUUGGGGUGUCUAAAGUGUUGCUUCCUAGAGAGUUUUUUGGGAGGGAUCCAAUUGAGGUGAACAAGCCUGGCGACGGUGGUAGAGCCAUGGCUAGUGCUCAGCCGCCAGAUAUUGCCCUGUCACCCAGGAAUUCUCCUGGUCCUCCAAGUCGUCUAUCCUCGCCGCCGGGUCUGGAACUGCGGUCGGGGGCGGCGGGUGAGGCAGUGGGAGUGUUAAGAAUACCUUUGGGCUGGUUGUGUACAGUAUUGUGUUUUCUACUGCUAUAGCUAUGAGAUUGGUUCUUCAGUUGGAAUCGUAUCAAUUUUUUGUAACACGGAGAAGGGAACUUGAUGCUAAGAAGGCAGCCAUUUUUCUACUGGAUUCAUCCCUCAUGGAGGUAAUCUGAAAAUACAAGAAGUAAGAGAGAGAAGAAGAAUCGUUCGAACUUGUGUUUAUCUGCGAGUAAUUUAGGCGAGAGCAUACUUAUUCGAGAUUGAUAAUUAAAUUGUUAUGAUUAUGAUUUCUGGGAUCUGCAUUCCUCUUUUUUUUUUUCCUUCUUUUUCUUGGGGUAAAAUGCAUUCUUGUUUGUUGUAAAGAACUUGAAGUUUUUUAACUUAUUUUCUGUAAAAUAUAGUGACCAAUUUUGCUGUACAAGCCAGUGUAGAACCACAUUCAGGUACUGGUACUUUGCCUUUCUGUUCCAUUUAAUAGAUUGCUGGAAAAGCUAUGAAGUUGAUUGUGUACGAUUGUAGUGAAUGGCCUUAAAGUUCUCUGUAAUCCCAGAACCAAAGAGAAGUUUCUCUUUUGGGAAAUGUAAAUUCAUUGAUGAAAUGGUGAUACAAAACUUACCUAA